UUCAGUUAAGUUUUGCGUGCAAUCGGUUUAUUGUGCGCUAUUCAAUAUUACCAAUAAAACAAACAUACAUAAAUAAACACUCACAGAAAAUAAAAACAACGUGUUCGUUUCUCUCGUGUAUGCAAUAAAUGAUUAUUAUAAUUUUACAGUUUUCUAAUUGUAACUGAUCGAUAAAUAAUCAAAGUUUACAAACACAAAUAAUCGCGUGACUUUGAAAUAGACUUCCCUUUCAAGUGGCUCUGGUUUUUUUGCAAAGUGCACAAAAAUAACUGUUAAUUUUCUAUAAUUAGUUAAAUGAAAAACAUUGUUUUUUUUUGAACUAAACUAAAUGUGUUUUUAAAUCGUAUUUUAAAAAAAAUUAAUUUAGUUUUUAUUUGAAUAUAAAACAAAAACAUUUUUAAAUAAUGGAAACCGAAACCACAACCAUCACUGCCCUAGAAUUGAAAAAGAAUGGCGAUAAAUUGAAGAAAUCGAAAAAGAAAUUAACGAAUGAAGGCCCCAAACAUGUUUCAGCCUUAGAUUCUCAUCAAUUUCCGGAUAAUGAAGAGCCAAACAUUUUGGGACAUGGUUUACCAGCUGCUGAUUUGCUGACACAAAAUAACAGUUGUUGUUCAAAGAAGUCCCCCCAAGAAGCUAUUGACUGUGAUGAUGUUGACAAAUAUAAUAAAUUCAAAUUGUUGCUUAAUUUUGAAGAUGCACCUGAUCACUUAAAAUUCAAUCCCUAUAUUAGAGGUGGUUAUAGAACAUUCCUGUCCACAAAAUUAUGUCUACAGAGUGUAUUUUGGUGGACCAAUGAAACGAUCAAUAUAUGGACUCACUUGUGCGGCUGUCUAUUGUUUAUUGGUUUGACUAUAUUUGAUUUUCAAUUUCUCAAGGUGCACGCCGAUUUGGAAGAUCAAAUAUUGGUGGUGUGCUUGUUGAUUUGCUUCUGCUUGUGUAUGCUGCUAUCAUCGAUUUAUCAUAUAUUCUCUUGUAAAUCAGAGGAACAUUAUGAGCUGUUCUUGUCGGUGGACUAUUUGGGCAUAUCCUUGUCAUUGGUGGCCAUUUAUAUCAGCAGCAUGUAUUAUGCCUUUUGGUGUUUUAAUAUGCUUAGAAUAAUAUAUUCUGUGAUCGCUUUAGGCAUGUUUGGUUUAGCCAUAGUUGUACAAAUUCCAAAAUUAAAUGUUACCCUGAAUGGCAAAAUAGCUGUGCUAUUGGCCUGGGCAGCAUAUGGUGUGAUUCCCUUGGGACAUUGGACUGUGAAAAUGGGUGGUUUAGAAAAUGAACUAGUGAGGUUAAUGGUACCUCGUGUCAUAACCAUGUACGGUUUGUGUGCCAUUGCCUUUGUGAUAUAUGCAGCCAAGAUUCCUGAGCGCUGGUUGACCGGCAAAGUUGACUACUUUGGUCACUCGCACAACUGGUGGCAUCUAUUCAUUUUGGCUGCCUUCUACCACUGGCACAACACUGGCAUGGUCUAUGCUGAAUACCGUUUAAAUAAUGGCUGCAAUGGACCCCUAUUUACGUAAACCUACCAACGCAAACUGCAAUGCACAUAGAACAAAUUGUUCAUUUUUAAUAAUCAUGUCAUCCAUCAUAUUUCAUUUGUUUAGAAUAUACCAAAAUCAUCUUAAUAUUAUUAAAAUAAUUAUUAUUAUUAUUAUUUGUUAAAACGAGAGUAUCAUUUUUUUUU